AUGGAUAAAUAUGCGAAGAAGCAAGAGCGCUUAGAAAUUGGGCAAAAGAGGAGACUCAUUAUGAGUCCAAGUGUUGAGAAUUUGCAUGAUGUUAGAGACUUUCUCUCAUCUUCCUCACUUAUAUACACCAUUUUUCACAUUUCGAACUAUACAAGUCAAGAUGAAGAGGAGCUUGUGAACAUUCAGUUAGAGAUAGAGACAUUGUUUUCCUCUCCGAAGGACGCUACAUCAGAGAUUGGCCCUAGCACCAAGUUGAAUUCUAUUGCAGAGGGUAUGUUGGAGGAAAUGCCCAGGGAGGAUCUCAUUUUUGACUACCAAGCUGAAGAAAUCUUGGUAGCCAGUGAACCAUUAGUUGUAGAAGUGGAAGAUUUGGUAACAAAAACAUCAUAUUGGGGUGAGGAUUUACAAGAUCUUGUAGUCAAUUGGGAGAUCUUUAGUUGA